AUGGAGGGCGAGGUAUCCAUGAUUCUCGGUUAUGUGCUGAAAUGCAAUUAUGAUCUUCCCUACAACGCGUCGGACUUCGCGCAGCAGCGGCGGUGGUCACGAUUAAAGAGAUCCGAGAACGACUUUGCAUUAUCGCGGACGACAACGGGCGAAGGUUACAUGACGCGAUGGACGCUCUACGGGAUGCUGGAAUCGACGUUGGAGCGCUUCGAUAAGGCCUGUCUGUUGCGCAUCGUCUACGAAUCCACGGCGUAUCCCUUCGACAAAGGACACGGGUUCCUGGGGGAGCUGUUGCACGUUCUCCUAACGCCGUCGACGACCCGCGAGGAAUACGAAAUCUAUUCGAAUCCGACGCCGAGAUGA